UGUGGAGCUCUUGGGCUAUGAGCAUAGACGCUCAGCUGAUGGAUCAAAAUGUCCUGUAAAACCUCUCCCUAUAUACCUAGAUAUAAAAGCUAGAGAUGCUCCCUUGAACCAGAGUGAUCUUCAUCAUCAACUGCAAUCUAUUGCAACAAGUCUUGAUUAUCUCGCAAUCAUGAACGGCACACGCGCCAACAUGGGAGGCUCGUCUCAGACAUCGAUUGAGCUUCAGACCGUUGGUCCAAGCACGCCAAUUAACCUGGCUCCUAGCAAUUCUAGCAAGAACGAUGAUCCAGCUGAAUUCCUGCCCCAGCCAUCCACAACCGUGAGCGUGGUCGAGCGAUGGAAUCAUCCCAAAGUCAACAUCUUCCGAACCCUGUCGACGUUUUUUGCCUUCGCUAUAAUGGGGGCAAACGAUGCGGCAUACGGUGCUCUGAUUCCAUAUGUUGAGGAAGACUAUGAACUCUCUUAUGUAGUAGUUUCCAUGGUCUUUCUGUCUCCGCUCGCCGGAUACGCCGGCGCUGCUCUAUUGAACAACUUAAUCCACAUACGCCUCGGUCAGCGCGGUGUCGCUUUCAUCGGUCCUCUAUGCCACGUGCUGGCAUAUCUUGGAAUCUGUCUCCACCCACCGUACCCGGUUCUCGUCCUCGUCUUCAUCCUUGCCGGCUUCGGUAACGGUCUGGAAGAUGCUGCAUGGAAUGCAUGGUUCGGCAACAUGGCCAAUUCCAACGAGAUGUUAGGCUUUCUUCACGGCUUCUAUGGGGUUGGAGCAGUUCUGAGUCCGCUUGCGGCUACGAGCUUAAUUACGCAAGCUGGAUGGCCUUGGUAUGCGUUUUACUAUAUCAUGCUCGGCGGCGCGGUCAUUGAGCUUAUCACCUCGCUGUGGGCAUUCUGGCCAGUCAGUGGGCGCGUUUACCGUGAGACUAGGCCUCGAACCGAAAAUGUGAAAGAGAGUCGUCUCAAGGAAUCUCUGAAGAGCCGCGUCACAUGGGUCAUCUCCAUAUUCCUCCUUUGCUACGUUGGUGCGGAGGUCGCUUUGGGAGGUUGGAUUGUCACUUUCAUGAGACGUGAGCGUGCUGGACAGCCAUUCGAGUCCGGUAUGGUGGCCACGGGUUUCUGGGCAGGUAUCACUUCUGGACGAUUCGUAUUGGGCUUUCUGACUCCAAAACUCGGCGAGAAAUUUGCUGUAAUGCUCUACAUUCUUGGCUCUACAAUCUGCCAACUCAUCUUUUGGCUUGCCCCCUCCUUCCAUAUCUCCGCAAUCUUCGUCUCGAUCCAAGGUUUCUUCCUCGGACCCCUCUUCCCCGCCGCAAUCGUAGCAGCCACGAAAAUUCUCCCCCCACACCUGCACGUCUCGGCAAUCGGUUUCGCAGCAGCCUUCGGCGGAGGCGGCGCCGCGAUUCUCCCCUUCGCCAUUGGAGCGUUGGCACAAGCAAAGGGUGUCUCGAUCUUACAGCCCAUUAUCCUCGCUAUCCUGGUUGUGUUGCUAAUUCUGUGGACGUGUCUUCCAACGCUGUCCAAAGCGCCACCGGGGAGUCCGAGGGAGGCUACAAAUAAGGAUCGGCAGUGGAUCAACAUCGAUUUCGAUCUUGUGGAUGCUGGGAAACGCACGAUUCGGAGAGCGAGGAGCGGAGGAGCGGCUGAUACUCCAUCUAAUCCUCGUGGACCUGGUUUACGGGCCCGCAUCGCCGACCGUCGCGCUGAUCGUGCCGAGCGCAAGCAUGUGCAGAAGGAGAUCCGUCGGUAUAACUUCGAGCGACCGGACCCUAUGAUUGCGGUCCUGCAAGGCGUGCCCUUGGAUACCACGAUGCCGCCUCCGUACGACAAUGUGAGAUUCCUACGCACUGCUCAGUAUCAGCAACUUCGUCACAACGGGAGUGUCUCGCAGACGGCCGGCUCAUGA